GGUGAUGUAUUUUUGACUUUUUUCGAAAUUAGAAUAAGGUAUAGUUGAGGGACUUAAACACAAUCUCUUUAAAGAAUUUUUUUCAGUGUGCGCAUACAUAGAUAGUACUAAUAAACAAAGUUAAGAGAAACCAAGCACAAAGCCCACCUAAAACCCUCUGCUACCUCAACCUAGGUGGCGUUGUCUCUUUGGGAAGCUUACUCUGAAAAUGGAUGCAUUUCACUUUGACGAAAUUAUUAAGGUUCUAAAGGUGGAUGCUGACGGCAAAAAGUAUGACAAGGUUUCUCGCAUAGAAGCAGAAAGUAGUGAUGGUGCGACAUCAUUCCAGCUAGAUAUCCACUCAGAACUAUAUCCUAUGAAGCGAAAGGAGUUGUAUAGGAUGGUUAUAUCGACAUCACUGCAUAUGGAUGGGUCGGCUGCCACUAGCUAUCCUCCUGAGGGAAAAUCUCUUGCUGACAAAUUUGAAUACAUUGUGCAUGGGCUAGUAUACAAGGUCUCAAUGGAUGGAUCAGGACCUGACAAAAAAGUAGUGGUUUAUGUCUCCUUCGGAGGACUUCAGCUGAUGCUGAAAAGCGAUCCCCUCAAGGCACAAAAGUUUAAGCUUGAUCAGAAGCUCUUUCUUCUUUUGAGGAAGAUGGUGAAGUGACUCCAUUUGUUGUUCUUGAAUCCGUACGGAGCAGAGACUUUGUUUACAAGGGUUUAGCUAUGAACAUGAAACCUAUGCUGUUGAACUGCAUCUUUGUUGUCGAAAUUAUGUACAGUUCUGACCUUAAUUAAGAUGUAUUGACUCUGCUCUUGGCAAAAAUGUUUGUUUUGCAAGUAUUUGCUGGAAAACUAGUCUAUGUAAACACAGUUAUGUUAGCCAUUUGGGUUUUGUUGCAAUGACCAAGUUGGUUGGGUUA